AUGUUCCGGGCUGUGCCGCCCUUGCUGCAGCUGUCGGUCAGCUUCAGUUUGGGAGCGCUACUGAACGCCGUGGGGGACCCUGUGCAUGUUUGCAGCAUUGGUGACAGGGCUUCCAGCGUCGUGCAGCACACAGGCCCCUGCGCAACAAACACAAAACCCAGUGAAAUGCCACUUCCCCCUGGGAUGGCUACAGGCAACAAGAAGGGCGUGACAGGCGUCAGUGAGGAGGUGGAAAGGUCUCGCCCUGCGGUUCCCCCUCCAGAGGCCCAGCCCCAGGUGUCUCUUUCUGGGUCCCCUGCCUGGCCAUCCACCUUGACCUGGCUCAGAGACGGCCUCCUGGGCCGCAGCUGCCAGAUGGGGGUCCAGUCCCACGAGCCCCUCCCCAGGCUCCCCCUGGCCAGUGGUCCUCCGUCCCCCGCCUCAUCCCAUUUCUCCUCAAAGACCGAUCCCACAGCCACUCUUACUCCAGCCACCGGGAAGUCCCUGCUGGAGUCUGAAGUUUCUCAUGGUAUCGCACUCUCAGACGUCUUGCCUGACCAGAGGUGGACAGAUGUGGAUAGGCAGGUGUGCUCAUCCCGGAAAGUCCGAAAGCCGAGGGCACCGGUGUUCCCGGAGGAGCACAGCUCGGCACCGCCCUCCCGCGGCCGGGGGGCGAGCCAGCACAACUACGCCGGCGCCCGCGCGGGGCCUCGUGGGGAGCGAGCGAGGGCCGAGGGCCGGCACCGGACCCGGACGUCGUGUUUGUCACAGAGCAGUGAGGGCCCAGUGGGCCUGUGCGUGGACGGCCGAGUGCACCAGCCCCUAACCACUGUGCCCCCAGUGCCCGGGCCCAUGGGGACAGUGGGGGGCUCCUGGGACGAGGUGAGGGCUCUGGGCCCAGCACUACCACGACCGCCUUCUGCCAGAGACGUCUCCCACAACCUGCUCCGGGCGCUGGACAUGGGGCUCCUGGCGAACCUCUCGGCACUGACGGAGCUAGAUGUAAGCAACAACAAGAUCUCCACGUUAGAAGAAGGAACGUUUGCUAAUUUAUUUAAUUUAAGUGACAUAGACCUGAGCGGGAACCCGCUUGAGUGUGACUGCAGCUUGGCCUGGCUGCCGCGCUGGGCAGAGGCCCAGGGGGUGCGUCUGGGGCGGCCCGAGGGGCCCACGUGUGCCGGGCCGGGCCCCCUGGCAGGUCGGCCCCUGCUCAGUGUCCCCUUCCUGGACGGUGGCUGUGGUGAGGAGUACAUCGCCUGCCUCCCUGACAACAGCUCGGCUGCCGUGGCCCUGGCGGCCCUCUCGGUGGCUGGUGAGGACCCGCUGGCACCCGAGGCCUGUGGCGCCCUCUGCUUCUCAGUGGGCCAGGGCCUGGCCGCGCUCUCCGAGCAGGGCCUGUGUCUGUGUGGAGCAGCCCAGCCCCCCAACGCCUCUGUGGCCUGCCUGCCCUUCUGCUCUGGCGCCCUGCCGCCCCCCGCCUGUGGGGGCCCCACCCUGCUCCCCCGUGUCUUCCCUGCCACUCCAGGGGCCACUCUGCAGUCGCCCCUCGAGGCCCUGGCUGCUGGCCGCCCGGCAGCCUUCCUCAUCACUGCCCCUCUCCCCGUCAGCUCUGUGCGCUGGGACUUUGGCGACAGCUCCCCCGUGGUGAUCACGGGGGCGGCCGCCACACACCGCUAUCUGCUGCCUGGGCGCUACCAGGUGACGGCCCAGCUGGCCCUAGGGGCCGCCUCCGCCCAGCUGGCCACUGAGGUGCGGGUGGAGGCGGCCCCUGUUGGCCUGGAGCUCUGGUGCCCCUCCCCCGUGCACACCUACCAGAGUCUGGAGCUCGGCGUCCGAAACCGGGGCGGCACCGGCCUCGAGGCCACCUAUCGCAUCGAGGUCCUGGAUGAGGAGGCAGCCCGAGCGGUGCACCCCCUCUGCCCCUCGGACACCGAGAUCUUUCCUGAGAAUGGACACUGCUACCGCCUGGUGGCGGACAAGGCGCCCUGGUCGCAGGCCCAGGAGCAGUGCCAGGCCUGGGCGGGUGCCGCCCUGGCCAUGGUGGACAGCCCUGCCAUCCAGCACUUCCUCAUCUCCCGAGUCACCAGGAGCCUGGAUGUGUGGAUCGGCUUCUCGGCUGUGGCGGGGCCGGUGGGCACGGUGCCGCAGGGCGAGGCCUUUAGCCUGGAGAGCUGCCAGAACUGGCUGCCCGGGGAGCCGCACCCCGCCACGGCUGAGCACUGUGUGCGUCUUGGGCCCGCUGGGCAAUGCAACACUGACCUGUGUUCCGUGCCGCACAGCUACGUCUGCGAGCUGCAGCCUGGCGGACCUGUGUGGGAUGCUGAGAAUGUCAUCGUGGGAGUACCCAGUGGGGACCUGCAGGGACCCCUGAGCCCCCUGGCGCAGCAGGAGGCCCUCCAGGCCCCCCAGGAACCAGUUGAGGUGAUGGUGUUCCCUGCCCUGAACCUGCGGCGUGAGGCCUUUCUGACUGCGGCCGAGUUCGAGACCCAGCUGCUGGGACGGCCAGCCCAGCUGCGGCUGCAAGUGUUUCGGGCCAUGGGCAGCGCAGGGGCUCCCCAGAACAGCAGUGAGCGGGGCAGGGGCUUCCUGGACAACGGCACUGUGCUGGUUCCUGCGUGCACACCAGAGGGGAGCUGGUGCCCUGCGGGCAACGUCUGCGUGGCCCUGAACACGUCGGGCCACCCUCAGGCCUGCACCGACGGGCCCGCUCUGGGGCCCGGGCUCCCAGGAGCCACCUACGUGCUGUGGAGGGAGUUCCUCCUGUCUGUGCCUGCGGGGCCCCCCACACAGUAUUCGGUCACCUUCCAAGGCCAGGACGUGCCCCUGCUCCCUGGUGACCUGCUUGCCCUGCAGCAUGACGCCGGCCCGGGUGCCCUCCUGCACUGUCCCCAUGCCCUCGGCUCCCCUGUCCUGCAGGCCCCCUAUCUCUCGGCCAAUGCAUCGGCCUGGCUGCCCCACCUGCCUGCCCAGCUGGAUGACGCCCCCGCUGGCCUGGCCUGCGCCCUGCGGCUGCUCGGAGCCACGGAGCGCCUCACCCCGCUGCUGGGCCCAAGCCCCAAACCUGGGCUGCAGCGUCCUGGGCGCUAUGCGGUGCGGGCCGUGGUGAGCAACGGCGUGUCCACGCACAACCUGACCUGCAGCUUCACCGUGGCCUCCCCUGUGUCUGGGCUGCGCGUCGUUCACCCCACCGCCCUUGACGGCCACCUGUAUGUGCCCACCAAGCACUCGGUCUUGGUGCUCACGGUGGAUGCUGGCAGCAACGCCACGGCCUCGGCCCGCUGGCCUGGAGGCGAUGCCAGUGCCCGCUUCGAGGCUGCCUGCCCUGCUGUGCUGGACGCCUUGGCACCGGGCUGUCCCCGUGAAGCCAACGGCACGCUGUUCUCGGUGCUGGUCCUGCCUGGGCUCGGCGAGGGUGAGCACACUGUGGAGGUCGUGGCUGAGAACAGCGUCAGCCAGGCCCGCCUCAGCCUGCAGGUGACAGCUGAGGAGCCCGUGCGCGGCCUCCGCGCCACACCCAGCCCCGACUCCCGCGUGCUGCAGGGCGUCCUGGUGAGGUACAGCCCCGCCGUGGACGGCGGCUCGGACGUGGUCUUCCAGUGGACCAUCGAUGACAAGCAGUCGCUCACCUUCCAUAACGCUGUCUUCAACGUCAUCUACCAGAGCACCGCCAUCUUUAAGCUCUCGCUGACAGCCUCCAACCACGUGAGCAAUGUCACUGUCAACUACAAUGUCACCGUGGAGCGCAUGAACCGGAUGCGAGGGCUGCGGGUGUCGGCGGUGCCGGCUGUGCUUCUGCAGAAUGCCACCCUGGCGCUGACGGCUGGGGUGCUGGUGGACACGGCUGUCGAGGUGGCCUUCCUGUGGACCUUUGGGGAUGGGGAGCAGGCGCUCGGCCAGUUCAAGCCUCCCUAUGACGAGUCCUUCCUCAUCCCGGAGCCCACGGUGGCCCAGGUGCUGGUGGAGCAUAAGACCGCGCACACCUACGUCACCCCAGGUGACUACAACCUGACCCUGCUCGUAUCCAAUGCUUUCGAGAAUCUGACGCAGCGGGUACCCGUGAGUGUGCGUGCCACCCUGCCCACCCUGGCCGUGGGGGUGAGCAGCCACGUCCUGGUGGCUGGCCGGCCCGUCACCUUCUUCCCGAGGCCCUCACCUGCACCUGGGAGUGUUCUGUACAUGUGGGACUUCGGGGACGGGUCCACCAUCAGGCUGCAGAGCGAGCCGGCCAUCAACCACACGUAUGUGGCGAGGGGCACGUUCCGUGUCCGCCUGGAGGCCAACAACACGGUGAGCUGCACGGCAGCAUGGGCCGACGUGCACGUCCUUGAGGAGCUCCGGGGCCUGAGUGUGCACCUGGACCCAGCAGUGGAGCAGGGUGCACCCGUGCAAGUGAGGGCCACGCUGGAGGCGGGUGACAACGUCACCUGGACCUUCACCAUGGGCGAUGGCGCGGUGCUGUCGGGGCCCGAGCCCACUGUGGAGCACGUGUACCUGCGGGCACAGAACUGCACUGUGACCGUGACGGCUGCCAACCCCGCCGGCCACCUGCUCCAGCGCCUGCCUGUGCACGUCUUCGUGUUGGAGGUGCUGUACAUUGAGCCAGCCGGCUGCAUCCUCGCUCAGCCUGACGCCCGACUGACGGCCCAUGUCACUGGCGACCCUGCCCACUACGUCUUUGAGUGGACCUUCGGGGACGGCUCACCCAAUGCCACCAUCCGUGGGAGCCCGGUGGUGACGCACAACUUCACGCGCAGCGGCACCUUCCCCCUGGCCCUGGCGCUGUCGAGCCGCGCCAACAGGGCACACUACUUCACCAGCGUCUGCGUGGAGCCCGAGCUCAGCAACGUCACGCUGAGGCCCGACAGGCAGUUUGUGCGGCUUGGAGAGGCGGCCCGGCUGGAGGCACACGCCCGGCCCCCCUUCCCCUACCACUACAUCUGGCACUGGGGCCCCGCGGACGCCGUUGGUCGUCUCGGGGGCCCUGAGGCCACACACACCUACCAGGAGCCCGGCUCCUACCUGGUGACUGUCACCGUGGCCAACAACGUCUCGGCCGGCAACGACUCGGCGGUGGUGGAGGUUCAGCAGCCCGUGGUGCUCACGGGCAUCAGGGUUAACAGUUCUUGCGUGCUGGAGGCCCAGCGGCCCUACCUCUUCACCGCCACCGGCCACGGCAGCCCCGCCAGCUACGUGUGGGAGCUCGGGGACGGCACGCGUCUCCAGGGCCCCGCGGUCAGCCACGCCUAUAACUGGACCGGCACCUUCGGUGUCCGGGUGGCUGGCUGGAACGAGGUGAGCCACAGCGAGGCCCAGCUGAACGUGACGGUGGUGCAGCGAGUGCGAGGGCUGCGCGUCAGUGCCACCCGCACCGUGGUGCCCCUCAACGGCAGUGUCAGCUUCAGCACCUCGCUGGAGGCGGGCAGUGACGUGCGCUACUCCUGGGUACUCUGUGACCGCUGCACCCCCAUCCCCGGGGGCCCCACCAUCUCCUACACCUUCCGCUCGGUGGGCACCUUCAGCAUCAUCGUCACAGCCGAGAACGCGGCGGGCACCGUGCAGGACAGCAUCCUUGUCUACGUGCUGCAGUACGUCGAAGGGCUCCAGGUGGUGGGCGGAGGUGGCUGCCUCCCCACCAACCGCACGCUGCAGCUCCAGGCCGCGGUCCGGGAUGGCACCAACAUCUCCUACAGCUGGGCCGUCCAGCGGGAUGGCGGCCCUGUGCUGACCGCCACCGGCAGGGUCUUCUCUCUCACUGUGCUGGAGCCUGGCACCUACCUUGUCCAGCUGCGUGCCACCAACAUGCUGGGCAGUGCCACAGCCAACCGCAGCCUGCAAUUUGUGGACCCUGUCGGGGCGCUGACGGUAGCUGCCACCCCUGACCCGGCCGCUGUCAAUGAGAAUGUCACCCUGGCUGCCAGGCUGACGAGUGGCAGUAGUGUCACAUUCACCUGGAGCCUGGGGGCGGGGCCACGCUGGGUGACCUCGGGACCAGCCACUGCCCAUGCCUUCCCCAGUCCUGGCCUACACCUGGUCACCGUCACAGCUGAGAAUGCCCUGGGCAUAGUCAAUGCCACCAUCAUGGUGAUGGUGCAGGUGCCCAUCACAGGCCUUGGCAUCCGGGCUGGGAAGCCCGACGGUGGCUUUGUGGCGGCCGGCUCCACCGUGCCCUUCUGGGGCCAGCUGGUGGCUGGCACCAAUGUGAGCUGGAGUUGGAUGGUGCCAGGGGCCCACAGGCUGCAGGGUCAGCAGGUGGCCGUGGCUUUCCCCAAGGCUGGCACCUUCUCUGUCCAGCUCAACGCCUCCAACGCAGUCAGCUGGGCGGUGGCCACGCACAACCUGACCGUGGAGGAGCCGGUGGCGGGCCUGGUGCUGUGGGCUAGCAGCAAGGUGGUGGAGCCUGGGCAGGCUGUGGACUUCCAGGUGCUGUUAGCUGCCGGCUCAGAUGUGGGGCUGCGCCUGCAGGUGGGUGGGGCUGACCCCCGGCCGCUCUCCGGGACGCGCUUCUCACACAGCUUCCCCCACGCUGGGGACUACCUGGUGAGCGUGCAGGCCGAGAACCACGUGAGCCGGGCACAGGCGCAGGUACGCGUGGGCGUGCUGGAGGCCGUGCGGGGGCUGUGGGUGCCGCACUGCUGCGCGCCAGGCGUGCCCACGGGCGCGGAGCAGAACUUCACGGCCCGCGUGCGGCGUGGCUCACGGGUCCAGUUCGCCUGGUACUUCUCACUGCAGAAGGUGCAGGGUGACUCGCUGGUCAUCCUGUCGGGCCGCGACGUCACGUACACGCCUGUGGCUGCGGGGCUGCUGGAGGUCCAGGUGCGGGCCUUCAACGAGCUGGGUGGUGUUAACCUGACGCGCUGGCUGGAGGUGCAGGACAUCAUCCAGCACGUGGCGGUGCGCGGCAGCCGCUGCUUCGCCAACCGCUCGGCCCGCUUCGAGGCCGCCACCAGCCCCAGCCCUCGUCGCGUGGCCUUCCGCUGGGACUUCGGGGACGGCGCCCCGGCAGAGACGACGGCGGAGCCUUGGGCGGCCCACGCCUACUUGCAGCCUGGGGACUACCGUGUGCAGGUGAACGCGUCCAACCUGGUGAGCUUCUUCGUGGCACAGGCCACGGUGACGGUGCACGUGCUGGCCUGUGAGGAGCCCGAGGUGGAUGUAGCCCUGCCCCCGCAGGUGCUAAUGCGCCGCUCCCAGCGCAACUACUUGGAGGCCCACGUCAACCUGCGUGGCUGCGUCACCUACCAAACCGAGUACAGUUGGGAGGUGUACCGCGCCGCCAGCUGCCAGCGGCCUGGGCCAGCUGCCCGCCUGGCUCUGCCUGGCGUGGAUGUGAGUCGGCCGCAGCUGGUGCUGCCGCGGCUGGUGCUGCCCGUUGGCCACUACUGCUUUGUGUUCGUGGUGUCGUUUGGGGACACACCGCUGUCACGCAGCAUCCAAGCCAACGUGACGGUGGCCCCUGAGCGCCUGGUGCCCAUCAUUGAGGGCGGCUCGUACCGCGUAUGGUCAGACACACAGGACCUGGUGCUGGACGGGAGCCGGUCCUACGACCCAAACCUGGAAGAUGGCGAGCAGACACCGCUCAGCUUCCACUGGGCCUGCGUCUCGACCUCACAGAGUGAGGCUGGAGGGUGUGCGCUAAACUUUGGGCCCCGUGGGAGCCCUGUGGUCACCAUCCCCCGUGAGCGGCUGGAGGCUGGCACAGAGUACACCUUCGACUUGACCGUGUGGAAAGCCGGCCGGAAGGAGGAGGUGACCAACCAGACGGUGCUGAUUCGGAGCGGGCGGGUGCCCAUCGUGUCCCUGGAGUGCGUGUCCUGCAAGGCUCAGGCCGUGUACGAAGUGAGCCGCAGCUCUCGCGUGUACCUGGAGGGCCGCUGUCUGAACUGCAGCCGAGGCUCCAAGCAGGGGCGCUGGGCGGCGCGUACUUUCAGCAACCACACGUUGGUGUUGGACGAGACGACCACGUCGACGGGCGGCUCCGGCAUGCGGCUGGUGGUGCGGCGCGGUGUGCUGCGCGACGGGGAGGGCUACACCUUCACGCUGACCGUGCUGGGCCGCUCGGGCGAGGAGGAGGGCUGCGCCUCCAUCCGCCUGUCCCCCAACCGGCCCCCGCUGGGUGGCUCCUGCCGCCUCUUCCCCCUGGACAGCGUGCACGCCCUCACCACCAAGGUGCACUUUGAGUGCACGGGCUGGCGUGACGCAGAGGACGCAGGUGCCCCGCUGCUGUACGCCCUGCUGCUGCGGCGCUGUCGCCAGGGCCACUGCGAGGACUUCCACGUCUACAAGGGCAGCCUGCCGGCCUACGGGGCAGUGCUGCCUCCCGGCUUCCCUCCCCGCUUCUCCGUAGGCCUGGCCGUGGUGGUGCAGGACCAGCUGGGCGCGGCUGUGGUCGCCCUCAAUAGGUCCCUGGCCAUCACGCCCCCGGAGCCCCCCAGUGGCCCUGCAGGCCUCACGCGCUGGCUGCACGGCCUGACCGAGAUGAAGCUGCCUGGGCUGCUGAGGCAGGCUGACCCCCAGCACGUCAUUGAGUACUCGCUGGCCCUGGUCACUGUGCUCAACGAGUACGAGCAGACCCCAGCGGCCGCAGCAGAGCCCGCCCCCGAGCGACAGCUGCGUGCACAGACACGCAGGAGCAUCAUGGAGACCUUGGUGUCCUUGAGGGUUGACACCGUGGACGACAUCCAGCAGAUCGCGGCUGCGCUGGCACAGUGCACGGUGUCCACCAGGGAGCUGGUGUGCCAGUCCUGCCUGAAGAAGACGCUGCACAAGCUGGAGGCCAUGAUGCGCGUCCUGCAGGCCGAGACCACCGAGGGCACUGCCACGCCCACCGCCAUCGCCGACAGCAUCCUCAACAUCACAGGCGACCUCAUCCACCUGGCCAGCGUGGACACGGAGGGGCCGCCAGGGCAGCCAGACGCAGUGGGGGCGGCGCGGCCCUCGCUGCUGGUGGCCUCCCAGGCCUACAACCUGUCGUCGGCCCUGAUGUGUAUCCUCAUGCGUUCCCGUGUCCUCAACGAGGAGCCCCUGACGCUGGCCGGUGAGGAGAUCGUGGCCCAGGGCAAGCGCUCGGACCCACUGAGCCUCCUGUGCACAGGCCCAUCCGCGGGCCCCGACUGCCACUUCUCCAUCCCUGCCGCCUUCAGCGGGGCACUGGCUGGCCGCAGCGACGUAGUGCAACUCAUCUUCCUCGUCGACUCCAACCCCUUCCCCUUUGGCUACAUCAGCAACUACACCGUCUCCACCAAGGUGGCCUCCUUGGCCUUCCAGACGCAGGCCGGAGCCCAGAUCCCCAUCGAGCGGCUGGCCUCGGAGCGUGCGAUCACCGUCACCGUGCCCAGCAACACCGGCCCAGCCGGCCCGGGCCAGAGUGUGCCCACUGCCGCCAUGGCCACUGUCCCACCACGGGCCUCAGUCAGCGCUGAGGUCACUCCUGAGAGUAGCAACCCCGCAGCCGGGCUGCAUCUGCAACUCACGUUCACGGUGCUGGAUGACACCUACCUGUUGGAGGAGCCUGAGCCCUACCUGGCUGCGUACCUGCACGCAGUGGCCCGGCCCAACGAGUACAACUGUUCAGCCAGUCGGCAGAUCAGUCUGCAAGCGCUGGCGGGGGGCGACCACCGGCUCUACACCUUCUUCAUCGCCCCAGGAACUGGAGAGCCAGGCGGGAGCUACCACCUGAACCUGACCAGCCACUUCCACUGGUCGGCGCUGGAGGUGUCCGUGGGCCUGUACACAUCACUCUGCCAGUACUUCAGUGAGGAGGACAUGGCAUGGCGCACAGAGGGCAUUGUGGCCCUGGAGGAGACCUCGCCCAGCCAGGCCGUGUGCCUCACCCGCCACCUCACUGCCUUUGGUGCCAGCCUCCUCGUCCCUCCCAGCCGCAUCAGCUUUGUCUUCCCUGAGCCGGCCCCGGGCAUGAGCUAUGUCGUCCUGCUGACAUGCACUGUGUGCCUCGUGACCUACGGGGUCAUGGCUGUGGUCCUGCGGAAGCUGGAUCAGCUGGACACGCGCCGGCUCCGAGUUAUCCCGUUCUGCGGGAAGGGCGGCCGCUUCAAGUAUGAGAUCCUGGUCAAGACUGGCUGGGGCCGGGGCUCAGGUACCACGGCCCACGUGGGCAUCAUGUUGUACGGGGCAGACAGCCGCAGUGGCCACCGGCACCUGGAUGGGAAUGGGGCCUUCCACCGCAACAGCCUGGACAUCUUCCAGAUCGCGACCCCACAAAGCCUAGGCAGCGUGUGGAAGAUCCGAGUGUGGCAUGACAACAAAGGCCUCAGCCCCGCCUGGUUCCUGCAGCACGUCAUCGUGCGGGACCUGCAGAGUGCCCGCAGCACCUUCUUCUUGGUCAACGACUGGCUGUCGGUGGAGACUGAGGCCAACGGGGGCCUGGUGGAGAAGGAGGUGCUGGCGGCAAGCGACGCGGCCCUGCGGCGGUUCCGGCGCCUCCUGGUGGCCGAGCUGCAGCGCGGCUUCUCGGACAAGCACAUCUGGCUGUCGCUGUGGGACCGGCCGCCGCGCAGCCGCUUCACCCGCGUCCAGCGGGCCACCUGCUGCGUGCUCCUGCUCUGCCUCUUCCUGGGUGCCAAUGCCGUGUGGUACGCGGUCGUGGGAGACACCGCCCGCAGCGUGCAGCCCGUGUCCAGGCUGAUCCCGCUGAGUUUCGACACGGUCACCGUGGGCCUGGUGUCCAGCCUGGUCGUCUAUCCCGUCUACUUGGUCAUCGUGUUCCUCUUUCGGAUGUCCCGGAGUGAGGUGGCCAGGGGCCCGAGCCCCAGCCCCGCCAGGCCGCAGGUGCUGGACGUCGACAGCUGCCUGGACUCCUCUGUGCUGGACAGCUCCUUCCUCGCCUUCUCAGGGCUCCCUGCUGAGGUCUUUGCUGAACCAAUGAGAAACGACUUAUUUCUGGAUGACUCCAAAAGCCUGGUGGGCUGGCCGUCCAGUGAUGGCUCGCUCGGCUGGCCAGACCUGCUCUGUGACCCGUCCGUCAUGGGCAGCGCCCUGCAGCGGCUGGCUCAGGGCCUGCCAGGCCGCACACUGGGCCUGGAGGAGGACGGCCUCUCCUUGAUCAGCCCCUCCUCGCCUGCCAGAUACUUCUCGGCUUCAGAUGAAGACCUGAUUCGCCACAUCCUAGCUGAAGGCGCGAGCAGCCUGGCCCCCACCCAGGACACCCCGGCGGACACGGAGCUGCUCACUGGCCUGUCUGGUGCCCCCAGGGAGAGAACUGAGGCAUUGAUGCUGCAUACACUUGGGGACAAAGGGCCACCUGCCCCAGGCCUGGGCUGGGACCUGCCCCCAGCGGCCAAGCUCUGUGGCACAGGGCUAGUGGAGGGUCUGCGGAAGCGUCUGCUGCCAGCCUGGUGUUCCCGCCUGGCCCAUGGGCUCAGCCUGCUCCUGGUGGCGCUGUCUGUGAGCCUCUCAGCCUGGGUCGGUGCCAGCUUCACCCCCAGCAUCAGCGUCACGUGGCUGCUGGCCAGCAGCUCUAGUCUUCUUGCCUCGUUCCUGGGCUGGGAACCACUCAAGGUCCUGCUGGAGGCCCUGUACUUCUCACUGGUGGCCAAGCGGCUGCACCCCGAUGAGGAUGACACGCUAGUGGAGAGCCCGGCUGUGACGCCCGUGAGCGAGCGAGUGCCUCGGGUGCGGCCCCCGCAUGGCUUCGCACUCUUCCUGGCCAAGGAAGAGGCCCGCAAGGUCAAGAAGCUGCACAGGGUGCUGCGGAACCUCCUGGUGUACAUGCUUUUCCUGCUGGUGACACUGCUGGCCAACUACGGGGACGCCUCCUGCCACGGGCACGCCUACCGUCUGCAGAGUGCCAUCAAGCAGGAGCUGGACAGUCGGGCCUUCCUGUCCAUCACCCGGUCGGACGAGUUCUGGCCGUGGAUGUCCCAGGUACUCCUUCCCUACGUUCACGGGAACCAGUCCAGUCCAGAGCUGGGGCCCCCGCGGCUGCGGCAGGUGCGGCUACAGGAAGCUCCCUGCCCUGACCCCCGGGGCUCAGGCGCCUACCCCUGCUCAGCCCCGGGUGACUUCAGUACCAGUGACUACAGCAUCGGCUGGGGGCACGCUGCCCAGAACACCUCUGGAACAUGGGCCUACUCAGCACCUGACCUGUUGGGAGCGUGGCACUGGGGCACCUGUGCUGUCUAUGACAGUGGGGGCUACGUGCAGGAGCUGGGGCUGAGCCUGGAGGAGAGCCGGGCGCGGCUGGGCUUCCUGCAGCAGCACCGCUGGGUGGACAACAGGAGCCGUGCCGUGUUUGUGGAGCUCACACGCUACAGCCCGGCGGUGGGGCUGCAUGCUGCCGUCACACUGCGCCUCGAGUUCCCUGUGGCCGGCCGGGCCGUGGCCGCCCUCAGCGUCCACCCCUUCACCCUGCAGCGACUAAGCUCUGGUCUGUCCCUGCAGCUGCUCACCUCGGUGGGCCUUUUGCUGUUCGCGUUGCACUUCUUGGUGGCCGAGGCCCGGGCCUGGUGGAGAGAGGGGUGUGGGCGCGUGGCGAGGCCCGAGGCCUGGGUGCGUGGGCUGUUGGCGGGGCUGGCGGCGGCCGCAGCACUCGUGCGCCUAGCCCAGCUGGGCACUGCUGACCGGCAGUGGGCCCACUUUGUGGGGGGCCAUCUGCGCCAUUUCACCAGCUUUGAGCAGGUGGCGCAGCUGAGUACCGUGGCCCGCUGCCUGGCUGCCACGCUGCUCUUCAUGCUGCUGCUCAAGGCCGCCCAGCAGCUGCGCUUCGUGCGCCAGUGGUCCGUUUUUGGCAAGACGCUGUGCCGGGCCCUGCCGGAGCUCGUGGGCACAGCUGUGGCCCUGGCGGUGCUUGCCGUGGCCUACACGCAGCUGGCUGUCCUGCUGGUCUCCUCGGGCGUGGACUCGCUGCACAGCGCUGCCCAGGCCCUCCCGGUGCUGUGUCCUGGCCCAGGGGGUGCCACUCUGUGCCUGGCGGAGCCCUGGCGCCUGCCCCCGCUGCUCUGCGCGGGGCUCUGGGCACUGCGGCUGUGGGGUGCCCUGCGGCUGGGCAGCGUUGUCCUGCACUGGCGCUACCACACGCUGCGCGGGGAGCUGUACCGGCCGGCCUGGGAGCCCCAGGACUACGAGAUGGCGGCUUUGUUCCUGCGCCGGCUGCGGCUCUGGAUGGGCUUCAGCAAAGUUAAGGAGUUCCGCCACAAGGUUCGCUUCGAGGGCAUGGAGCCGCUGCCUUCCCGGUCAUCCAGGGGCUCCCGGUCACCCCCCGAUGCACCCCCACCCAGCGCCGGCUCGGAUACCUCUCGCCCCUCCACCUCCUCCAGCCAGCUGGACGCCGGCCGGCCAGGGCCGCGAGGAGCACCUGAGCCCUCCCGCCUGCAGGCCGUGUUUGAGGUCCUGCUGGCCCAGUUUGACCGGCUAAACCAAGCCACCGAGGACGUGUACCAGCUGGAGCGGCGGCUACAGGGCCUGCGCCACCACCGGGGCAGCAGGCCCCAGGCCUCACUGCCCCCCAGCCUGUGGCCAGCCCGGGCCAGCCGGGGCAUGGGCUUGAGCCCGGGUCCCAGCAGAGCAUCCCUGCGGGCCAAGAAUAGGGUGCGCCCCAGUAGCACUUAG